UCCGAGAACACCGCUUCCUUGCGAGUCAAUGAGAUGGGGAUAGGGAUCCAAGGAGAUAUUGUCCCAGAGAUGGCUGUCUGGAAUCACCCAUCGUCUUGUGUAUCCAUGCUCUUCCACAUUAACUCGCUGAAUCACUUCCUGAUAGUUAAUCGAGUUAACACCUUGUUGGCCCCCUGGUAUGUGUUGGGAAUUGCUUUGGUUGUAAGAUAGCAACACGUAGGUUAACAAAACUGAUACUCUGAUACUGG